AUGGCCUUAGCCGACAGCGCUCGGGGGCUGCCCAACGGGGGCGGCGGCGGCGGCGGGAGCGCCCUGCGCGGCGGGGCCCGCUCGCAGCCCCAGCCGCCGGCGCCCGAGCUGGCGUCGUCGUCGCCGUCGUCGGGCGUCCCGGAGAUCGUGGAGCUGAACGUGGGCGGGCAGGUGUACGUGACGCGGCGCGGGACGGUGCUGUCGGUGCGCGGCUCGCGGCUGUGGCGCCUGUUCUCGCAGCAGGAGGCGUCGGAGCUGCCCCGCGACGCCAAGGGCCGCUUCUUCUUGGACCGCGACGGCUUCCUCUUCCGCUACAUCCUGGACUACCUGCGCGACCAGGAGCUGGUGCUGCCCGAGCGCUUCCCCGAGCGCAGCCGCCUGCAGAGGGAGGCCGAGUACUUCCAGCUGCCCGAGCUGGCGCGCCGUCUGGCGGCCGCUCCGCCGCGCUUCGCGGGGCUCCUGCGCGACGCCUCGCUGUGCGCCGACGAGCCGCCGGCCGGCCUGGCCUACCUGGAGGCGGAGCUGCCCGAGGCGGCCGGCGCGGCCUCGCCCACCUCCAGCCGCAGCCCGUCGGGGGGCCCCUUGCUGGCGCCCUCGCUCUCGCUGGACGCCGGCGGCGGGGCGGCGGCGGGCGGGCGCCGCUCGGGCUACAUCACCAUCGGCUACCGUGGCUCCUACACCAUCGGGCGGGAGGCGCAGGCCGACGCCAAGUUCCGCCGCGUGGCGCGCAUCACCGUGUGCGGCAAGACGGCGCUGGCCAAGGAGGUCUUCGGCGAGACGCUCAACGAGAGCCGCGACCCCGACCGGCCCCCCGAGCGCUACACGGCCCGCUACUACCUCAAGUUCAACUUCCUCGAGCAAGCCUUCGACCGCCUCAGCGAGGCCGGCUUCCGCAUGGCCGCCUGCUCCUCCACCGGCACCUGCGCCUUCGCCGCCGAGCAGGGCGGCCCCGCCGACGACAAGAUCUGGACCAGCUACACCGAGUACGUCUUCUGCAGGGAGUGAGCGCGGGAGCGGGCCCGGGCACGCGCUCCGUGGCGUUGCCAGCCUCCAGGGCGCGGCUGGACAUCUCCCGGAAUGGCAGCGGAUCUCCCGGCCGUGGGGAUCAGCCCCCCCCCCGUCGAAAACGGCCGCUUUGAAGGGUGGACUGGCGUUAUACACUGUUGCUGCCAAACCCCACUCUCCCCAGGCGCCACCCCCCAGAUCUGCAGGAAUUCCCCAGCCCCUAGCUGGCAACCCUAGCACAUGCCUCGCCCUCGGCCUUUCGGAGCUCCCAUGGCACGUCUGGAAGGGCCCUGUGCAGUUUCUCUGUCAGUAAAGUUGCCAGCCUCCAGGGGGCCAGAGAGAUCUCCUGGAAUGCCAACUGAUCUCCAGGCGCUGAAGGUCAGUUCCUCCGGAGAGAAGGGCUGCUUUGGAGGGUGGCUUCUAUGGCAUUAUACAAAGUUGAGGUCCCUUUCCUCCCCGAACCCCGCCCUCUCCAGGCUCCAUUCCCCCAAAUCUCCAGGAAUUUCCCAACCUGGAUCUGGCAAUUUGGCCUUUCAGACUUACGCUGGGAGUUCUGUGUCUAGAGCCCCCAGGGCACGCCUGGAAGGGCCCUGUUCCAUUUUAUCUGUUGGAUUGCUGCCUGGCAUGCUGCUGUUCAAGCCGCAGAUGGCUUUGGCCCAGUUAGUGUGGCGGCGGCGGCCUCUGGAACCUUGAAGAGCUGCCUGGAAGGGACCCUUCUGCCCGUUGCGGGGUCUGUAAGGCCUGAUUGACUGCGAUGCUUUCCAGGUGCAAGAACUCACCUGUGUGGUGCUCGCACGGCAUCUCCUUGAAGGCCCCCAUGAAACUGGAGGCCGACUAGUCAGAAUUGCCCCUCUGCAGUGCAACCCUACAUAGGCUCAGGGCCCCUGCAGCCCAUGCCAAGGGCUUAGUUGGCCCUUAUAGGUAUUCUGCUAGAGUAUUUAGUGAACAGGGAAGAGGUCACAGCCCCACUGAAGCGAGUGAGAGAGACUCGGAGGUUCUUGGCUUCACCACCCUUGGUUUCAAAUCAUGCCUCAGCUCAGCCGCUACCUUUGCAGAGUGUUGACAGGUGCUUCACUGGCACAUCAGUGUGGGCACCAUGUUGGCGAUGGCCCUUAAGCAUGUGAAUUAAGCUCACGUCACUGCUUUGCCCUGCUUGCAGGGGUGAAUGCCCAAUUUCAGGGGCGACGUCUUCUGCCUUCGCCGGCGCCACAUUUAAAUCAAACCUAGUAUGAAAAAAUAUCUCUGUAUAGUCAAGUGACCCCUUCAGUGCAACUCUGCAAGGUACAGAUGCUCUCAGUCUUGCCAAGGCUGUCCUCACCUCGCCGUCGUUGAGAGGCCGCAGAUUUAUUGUCUCUUUAAUAGUUCUGCCUGCUUCCACACAGAUGCAGUUCUCCAUGUAGCUCUUGCAAACACAGAGGCGUUCACAGUGGCAACAAAGAGCCCGUGUAGCAGCUUGCCUUGUCUUGCUGUCCUUGCUACCUGAAACUAUCUAGAGGGUUAUAAUGCAAUAGUGCUAUAUCUAUUGCAGCCAGUUCUCAGCUUUCGUUUUUUAUCAAAUGCAAGCUUUUUCAUUGCAAAGUUAUAAAAGGAAAUGUGCAACUUGCACAUCUUGCCUUAUAACUUCUCAAGGAAAAAUGGCUAGAUAUUUUAUAGUUUUUUUUCUCAAAAAAUGGGAACGACUACAUUGCUUCUAUAGAUGAUUAUUUUAUUUGUAUUUUUACAUGUAUAGCCUAUUAUUCCCCUCUCGGUGAGCUUAUCGCAUCUCUUUGCCUCCACUUUUUUCUCACAACAACCCUAUAAGAUGAGGUUAGAUCAGAUCAUUGUAAUGAGAUUGUGCUAUGGCUAUUGGUCAAUUAUCAGACCUUUUAGAAAAAAAUCCCUGAAAAUCUCUUUGGGGUGUGGGAAGGAGGUGGGACUGAAGUAAGGAAAAUAGCGCCGAUGGGGGCCAGAACCUGCAAAGAUACGCGCGUUGCCUGUGAUCUUUCAAAAAGCGACACAGUAAACCAGGUUUAGGAAAGAUUGCAGCAAAGUCUGUGUUUGGCAGGGAAGAGGGGGCAUGAAAAGUAGGUGAUAACAUCAUGUGGCUAUUUCCUGAAAGCUGUGCCUGUAAGGGUGCCAGGGCAGAGCAAAACAUCCGUGUGGAAACAGCCUCUGUUUGGUAAACUCCUCUAUCCCUCACUCGCAUAUCCAAAGAAUUCCUUCUGUACACAGGAUUGCAGGGAGGUCCUUAUUCCACGCUUCAGCUCAAUGACCCUUGUGAGGGUCUGACCCCGUGACCCUCUCUGUACCAGUGUGCUGUGUGUCUGACACUUUUCAAUGGCUGCCUUGCACGUGGUGUGGAUGUGUAAUGUGUGUUCUGGUCACUUGUUCUCGCGCAUUAUACAUUACUGUCACAUCACACUGUCUUCUUUUGCAUAUUCGGUCUGCCCUCUCAGUUGGGGGAGCAUAGCCUGUGGAUGCCUCCAGAAAAGACAGUCAGUCCCUUUAGCAUGCAUGCGGUGCCCUCCAUGUAGCCCUUGCACCUUGGAUGUUUCCCUUUCUCAUACCCCCCUGUCACACCUGUUUUCCCAAGAUGUUCCUCUCAUGGCCCUCUCAUGUCCUGGGAAAACAUUCAAGGCUCCUUUUAUGCCUGGCUCCCUGGGUGAAUGAACACAGUGCCCUUCUCAUGCCGCUUGGCCCAUGUAAAGUGCUCUACUUCCUUCCUAAGAUGCCGGGUUCCUGCUUCCACUGCUGUCCCCCAUUUUCCAGCCUCUCCCUCAUUUCUGCAUAGUGCUGAACCAUCUGUUGUGUGAUCCGUCCCUUCGCCGUCUUUCCCAGUCCUCCCAGGAGCACAGAACAAAGAGCAUCUUGUGCCACAGCCACGUUGGUGGUGAGAUCAAGCACUUUUCCUCAACUUGAUCCUAAAUUGGAUGUAAUGGAUGGAACAGAACACUGUUUUCUUCCCUUCCUCUCAUUUCCCCUGCUUUGGAAGCGCCUACCAGGAAGUGUGUUCAGGGGCUCUUUGAUUUUGUCAGCCUCUCGACCACUUUCCAAAGCCUCCCUCUUCAGAUCUCUUGAACUGAACGACAUACGUGGUGGGUCAGCGCUGCCGGUUCUGGUCAAAACCAAGGUUUUUGGAUAAUUCAACCACAUGAACCGCUGAAACCUCUCCUAGAGGAGCAGACCUCAUCCCAGACAUCAACAACUGCUUCUUGCAAUCUGCAAGUGCUUGUAAACUUACAUAGGGGGACCUGCGUACAUUUCCGUAUACCGAUAAUUAUGUGUGUGUAUUAUAUAAAAUGUUCCAUUGCACAUUGUUUAAAUAUCCUGAAAGAGGUGGGUGGUCUACUUCCUGAGACAGUCUCUUGAGUUGAUGUUACGCCACAGUAAUGGAUCCCGUGUCCUUUUGCAUUUCUUACAUUUUCCUGUUUCUUGCUGUCUUCGGGCCUAAGGCUUCUUGGAAGAGUAUGUCCCCUCCCCCUCUCCUUGUUCCUUGGGCAAAAAAAGAAUGGCAGGUAUGAAUUGACUAGGCUGUGCUGGUAAACAAGUCGAUGGGUGAACUUUCUGAGCAAGAUUUGGCCUUUUUAAAUUUUCAGAAGUGGGUUUGGUUCUACUAUAGCAAGAAUGAUUUCUGUGUGUUCUUGGUGGGAGUUGCCCCUCAUGUGUAGAGAAUGUAGUCCACAUGUGUGUAGAAGUUUAGGCAGGUAUGGUUUCAAAGGAAGUAGCUGUAGCUUUCAGUGGCUCAGUGACCUAUAAGCACAAGUUUUUUUCCCUCUGACAUUGCAGCUGAAGACCUAAAUACAAAAAGCACACUGCACUUCUUAAAGUGUCACCCAUUUCAAGCUGCAACCUUAAAAGAUAGAGAUAUAUACUGCCACAAUAAUCCGGUGAUUUUUGAGGUGGUGUACCGUUAAAACUUGCCCGUUUACUGAUACAAUCCUGGUUCAGAGUUAUGAGUAUUUACAUUCUAACCAAAGAAUUUCCUCACAAGGUCUACUUUUAAUUAUUUCCCCCGGAGUUUUUGCUUCAAGUAACAGAAGCAAUACUGGAUAUUUCUGUCUAGUAAAGAUCAUAUUGUGCUGUUUGGUGGGAGAGAGAGACUUCCUUUUUAGCAAAAUGUACAGCUGCAGUUUAAACCAUUUAUCCAGCAUGCUCCUAGAGCUUUUUAUGAAAUCAAGCAAGACUAACGUCUCAUACCGAUCUUUCGGUGAAAUCCUAAGCAGAGUUACUUCAGGCUAAGCCCUUUGACAGGACUUUUUUUCUGGGAAAAGAGGUGGUGGAACUCAGUGGGUUGCCAGCUCAGGACCACACAAUGACGUCACUUUGGGUCAUCAGGAACCGGGGUGGGGGGUGUUAAAGUUUAAAUUGCCCUUGGCGAAAAUGGUCACAUGGCUGGUGGCCCCACCCUCUGAUCUCCGGACAGAGGGGAGUUUAGAUUGCCCUCGCGUGGAG